UCAAUCAUUUCAAACUUCAACCACACCACCAAGAAAGUAAAAAGACAAAAAAAAAACAAAUGGAAGAAAAAGGAUAUCAAGACUUGCUUCCUGUGAUGGCGGAGAAACUAGAUCUUAGCACUUUCAUGGAGGAGCUAUGUGGCGGUUUUCGUCUACUGGCAGACGAAAAAAUAGGGGUGAUCACACCGCAAAGUUUACGAAAUAAUUCAAGAGUUCUUGGAAUUGAAGAAAUGACCAUGGAAGAUGCACAUGGUAUGGUUAAGGAAGGUGACCUUGAUGGAGAUGGGUACUUGAACGAAACCGAGUUUUGUAUACUCAUGGUGAGACUUAGUCCAGAAAUGAUGCAAGAUGCAGAGAUGUGGUUGGAAAAAGCCAUUGAAGAUGAGAUCAUCAAGAAAGCUUGUACUUGUACUUCACCAUCACUGGAUUAUAUUGAAUAAGUUUAAUUAGUAUGAUGGAUAAGUUGUUCAUAUCGAUCAUCUUCUCUGUUCAUUUUAUUAUUAUUAAGUACAAUAUUAUUAAAAUAACUAUAUAAUUAUAUGUAUUACUAUGUUGUUAAGAGUGAUAUAAAACUAGUCAAGUUUUCUUUGGAGCUCCAAAAAAGUUGCAUCUUAUUAAUGGCAACGAUAGUUUCUUUA